UCACGGUGACUAGCAUUUCGGAGACUGCGGGUAUUCUAACCUCAGAUAGCUUGACGGUUUGAUUCACACAGAUUUUCGUACAGUACACAGGUCGCAAUUUACAUUCGAUUUUGGGAAAUCACACCUCAAGUAUGCCUGAAAGCACAAAAGUAGAAGUGAAACCGACAAAAGAGGCGACGAAAAAUGGGAAAGAGGAGGAGAAAAACGAUCUCUCAGAAGAAGACAAGCUUUUACAGGAAGAAUUGAGCAACUUGGUAGAACGUCUCCAGAGUGGAAACACAAAGCAGCAUUUCACAGCUCUAGAAGCACUAUGUGCUCAAAUUCGUGCUUCGACAACGUCGAUGACGAGUGUGCCCAAGCCAUUGAAAUUUAUGAGACCGCAUUAUGAUACAAUGAAGCAAGUUUAUGAGUCUUUACGCAAUACAAAAGCCCGAGAAUUAUGUUCAGACAUAAUAUCUGUACUGGCAAUGACGAUGGGCGAAGGAAGAGAGUGUUUGAAGUACAGACUGACAGGAUCGGCGCUAGAAUUGGGUGAAUGGGGCCACGAGUACGUUAGACACUUGUCAGGAGAAUUAGCUGGUGAAUGGGACGAAUUGACUGGUGAAGAUUCCGAAGUAAUGAGCAAAAAAUUGAUUGGUCUCGUACACGAGAUCGUUCCUUACAACAUGGCUCACAACGCUGAGACAGAAGCCUGUGAUUUACUCAUGGAAAUCGAGAAACUCGACCUCUUGGAACAAUAUGUCGAUGAGAGCGCUUAUCAAAGAGUUUGCCUCUAUUUGACGAGCUGCGUAGCUUACGUCGCCGAUCCUGAAAAUCGUACGCUUCUCCACGAAGCUUCCAAACUCUACAGAAAGUUUAAUCAGUAUCCGCAAGCCAUGAGACUCGCUAUUCAGCUCAACGAUCGGCCACUGAUAGAAAAACUCUUCCUCAAUUGCAAAGACUUAUCGAUCCAGAAACAGUUGGCUUUUAUGUUGGGUCGUCAACAGAUAUUCAUCGAAUUACCCGAAUCUACUCCCGAGUACGACGAUCUUGUUGAAACAAUGUCAAACUCGCAUUUGAACAAUCACUUUUUGAACCUUGCUCGUGAGUUGGACAUAAUGGAACCGAAAACACCAGAAGACGUGUACAAGUCGCAUUUGGAGAAUUCGCGCCCUCCAUUCGGGGGUGGUCAAUUGGAUUCAGCGAGACAAAAUUUGGCGGCGAGUUUCGUCAAUGGUUUUGUCAAUGCAGCAUUUGGACACGACAAAUUAUUGAUCAAGGAUGGCAACAAAUGGUUGUACAAGAACAAAGAACACGGAAUGUUGAGUGCAACCGCCUCGUUAGGUCUGGUGUUGCUUUGGGACGUUGACGGAGGUUUAACACCAAUAGACAAAUAUCUAUAUUCAUCCGAAGACUACAUAAAAUCCGGUGCCCUUUUGGCUUGCGGUAUUGUCAAUUGUGGCGUGAGAAACGAAUGUGAUCCAGCUCUGGCACUUCUCUCAGAUUACGUUCUUCACAGUAGCAACACGAUGAGAAUCGGUGCAAUCUUGGGUCUUGGUUUAGCCUAUGCAGGAUCGAACCGCGAAGCAGUUUUGAGCUUACUCGCACCUGUACUUACGGAUCCUAAAUCUAACUGGGAAGUGAUCGGCAUCGCGGGUCUUGCUUUGGGAAUGGUAGCCGUGGGAUCUUGCAACGCUUACGUUACUACCACAAUAAUCCACACGCUGAUGGAGAAGACGGAAAAUGAUUUGAAGGACACUUACGCUAGAUUUUUGCCUCUCGGACUCGGUCUCUGUUUCUUGGGCAAGCAAGAAGCUGCCGAAGCAAUAAUAGCAGCCCUCGAAGUUGUUCCAGAACCUUUCAAGUCCAUGUCCACGACCCUCGUCGAAGUGUGCGCUUACGCAGGAACCGGAAAUGUCUUGAAGAUACAACAUCUUCUGCACAUUUGUUCCGAGCAUUACGAGCCAGCUAACGAGAAAGACGAGAAAUCCGAUCGCAAGGACAAGGACAAAGAAAAGAAAGAUGAAAAGAAGGAGGAAAAAGAGAAAGACCUCAGCUCCCGUCAAGCUAUCGCUGUACUCGGCAUCGCUCUCAUCGCUAUGGGUGAAGAAAUCGGCGCCGAAAUGGCCUACAGAACUUUCGGACAUUUGCUGCGUUAUUGCGAACCCGUCAUCCGUCGUUCCGUUCCCCUUGCUCUAGGCCUCAUAUCCGUAUCUAAUCCUAAACUCAAUAUUCUCGAUACACUGUCCAAAUUCUCCCACGACAGCGAUCCUGAAGUUGCUCACAAUGCUAUUUUCGCCAUGGGUCUCGUUGGCGCCGGUACCAACAACGCUCGUCUCGCCGCUAUGCUGCGACAACUGGCACAGUUUCACGCCAAAGAUCCUAACAAUCUUUUCAUGGUUCGCAUCGCUCAGGGUUUGACUCAUCUUGGCAAAGGCACUCUCACCCUUUCUCCUUAUCACAGCGAUCGACAAUUGCUCAGUCCUGUUGCUCUUGCUGGACUUUUGGCUACUCUCGUCGGUUGCCUCGAUGUUAAGCACAUAAUUCUGGGACGUUCCCACUAUUUGCUGUACACCCUCGCCGCAGCGAUGCAGCCAAGGAUGCUGGUCACCUUCGACGAAGAGUUGAACCCUCUGGCGGUACCUGUACGAGUUGGUGUCGCGGUCGACGUAGUAGGACAAGCUGGUAACCCGAAAACCAUUACUGGAUUCCAGACCCACACGACUCCGGUUUUAUUAGCGUUCGGUGAGAGAGCCGAACUCGCGACCGAAGAAUAUCUUCCUCUAACACCGAUAAUGGAAGGUUUCGUAAUCCUCAGAAAAAAUCCCGAAUUCGUUCCCUAAUCGCUCGAUACGAAAAAAAUUGCUAUAUAAAAAAAAAGAAUGUACUAGCUUUUAAUUUCUAAUAAAAAAAUCUAAGAAAAAAUGUUCUUUCUACCGCUUAAGCAAGGAGAUUAAUUAAUUAACACUCAUUGAAAUAUCUCUCUUUUGUAUUAUUAUUUGUAAAAACAAUUCAUCGAUGAUAAAAAAUACAUGGAUGUAUUUAUAAGUGUAAA